AUGGAAUUCAAUUCAGGUGUUAGUAUGUUUCUACCUGAUACGAUUGGCCUCAAUGGAAAUGAUUUUGAUGAAGAAGAUCAUGAAGAUAUAGUUCAUGAACAAACGAAUCAAAACGAAAUUGUUGAAUUGAUCAUGGCUGCUUUCGAAGGGCACGAAGAGCCAUCGGAUGGUGAAGAUGAGGAUGACGAUGACGACGACGAUGAUGAUGAGUCUCUCAACACAUCCAAUGCCGAUCAGCAUCAUCAUCAAUCGAAUGAACAUGAGAUAUUAAAUACAAAUAAUAAUAACAAUAACAACGAAAAUUAUGUCCAACAUCAACAACAGCAGCAGCAACAACAACAACACGAAUUAUUGUACCGAAAUCAUUUGUAUCAGCAACCGUUAUAUUCCACUCCAGCUGUAUCUACUCCGCCGCCAUUAGUUCCACCAUCGACUUCAACAGAUGUUCGUCGAUUUGAUGAUCAUACUCAAUACACUCAACCGCGUUAUCAACAAUCAUUCGAUGAUCAUAAUAAAACUGAACAAAAUAUUCCAUUUUUAUCGUCGAAAAGUUCAGCUUUGGUGCAUUAUCAGAAUCCUAAUCGUCAAUUAAAUCAUGCAGCCGCAGCAGCUGUUNAGGAAGAUUUUUAUCGAACGAAAGUUGAUAGAGAAAUCUGUUCGAUCUGA